AUGGGCUGGUUAUCUAUCUUCUCCAAAAAGGUUCAAACAGCCUUUGUUACAGCUAUAUUGAGUGCUGAAACCGUGCAGAAAGAGCCUGAAAACUUUGAAACUGUGCUCGAGGAGCUCCGACUGUCGAUCCAGUCGCGUCAAACGCGUCUCGCAGAGAUUCGACUGCGUGAAAGACGCGCAUCUCUCUGGGUAACGCUCUAUCUCUUCUCCGCCUGGGCCCUCUAUGCCGGCGUGUGGUACAUUGGUUGGAUUGGCCGACUGCUGGGUACAGAAACAAAUGGAAAUAGAAACUUGUGGAGGAAGAGUAUCGCAGGCUCGUUGGUUAUCGUUGGACCGCUGCUCGCAUUGUCGGCGAGGAGAAUCGUACAGUUGUGGUAUACACGCAUAGGAAACGCCGAAGAGGAAACGCUCAAGAAACUCUUGCUCGAACAACGCGCAAAAGUCGAAGAACUCAAGAAGAAGACAGACUUUUACUCGACCCAAAAGCUUCUCGAGAGAUAUGACCGACCGGACAACGCACCAAUGACGACGCCCGUCAAAAAGGGUCCUAUGCCGGCUGGACCACGCGCAUCUCUCAAUCCUAAUGCGUUGGCACCUGUUCAAAACCAAGGAGCACCACCGCCGCCUGGUAUGGGCCUCAGCACGCCCGUUCGUCCUGCUGGUCCACCCGUCAAUGGUGCAUCUCCGACGCCCAUGCAUCCAGGAUAUAUGAGUGCAUACUCACCCGCACAACCCAUCCAGCCCACUCCCAGGCGCUGGUUCGAUCGUCUGGCCGACGUCGUCCUCGGAGAAGAAGACGUAGGAGGUGUGGGUGCGCAUAGCAAGUAUGCUCUCAUUUGCAAACGAUGUUUUACGCACAAUGGACUCGUCAAGGAAGCCGACUAUGACACUACCCAGUUUGUGUGCAUGAAGUGCGGAUUCCUCAAUCCUGCACCGAAACCAGCUCAGCAUCAGGGCGCGAGUCGAGACGCUUCACCCGUCGAUCUCUCGCAUUCGACGCAUAUACCCCAGCUCUCCUCGCCCGUCUCGCCUUCGCCCUCGAACCUUUCUGUCCCACCAAACCAACCGAAAGGCACAAAAGGUGGACCAGCCCCUGUGCCCGUAGCUCCAGCGGGAGGGGAUACGGAAGAAGAGGAGACGCCCUCUAAAAGACCUGGUCAAAAGGUCACCCAGCGCCGGCAGACGAGAAACUCGCGCAAGUCAAUCAAGGAAGUCGAAGGGCACGGGAUGGAACUCGAUGAAUAA